UUGGAUUUUAAUAAAGAGCCUUUACAAUCACUGAGAAGAGUAUUCUCAAAUAUAUUGUUCUUCGUCUAUCUCAACUUUGAACAAGAUCCGAGAGAAGCUCGAAUUCUCCUGGAGAGUUUGAUCCCUUUUCUUGUUAUAGCUUCCACUCUCUAUCACAAUCCUACAAGGGUGAUUGUGGGACAAGACUGGAGAGAAGCUGAUGUUGUAAACAGAGUUCCUCUCAUUGGCACAGGGAACGAUUUCUCGUGAAGGAAGAAUGGAGAAGUUCUACUGGCAGCCAACUCGUGAAGGCAUCGCUAACAUUGUUAGCAGAAUGUACGAGAAAGAUGGGAUAUCGCGGAAAGAUGUUGUAAGCAUUGUUGAUAAGUUUCCAAAUCGAGCACUUGACUUCUAUGGAGCUCUGAGGUCACGUACAUAUGAUAGAUCUAUCCUCAAGUGGGUAUAUGAUGCUGGAGGAAUAGAGACUCUAGGGAAAACUCUUCUCAGGUGUAAAAAGACCGAAGAAGUUCCUCAAUUCAUUCCCCCUGAGCAAACGGUGGAAGCAUUGCUGGAAUCGAAUACUCAGUCAUUAAGGAACAAAAACUCAUCAUCGAAACAAAGCUUUCCAAGGAGUACAUGA